AUGCGAGAAGUGCACCGCAAGAAGUCCAGCUUGCAGCUUGGCCGCCUGGCGAUGCCAUGUCAAAUGCCGCGGCUGCCACGGGCAGCGGCGAUGCCGGAAGCGAAGCGGACGCGGCUGCUCUAUGACGCGGAGAACCGUGUUGAGACUGCGCGGCUCUACGGAGAUGUGGUGUCCUACCAGUACUACUACAUCGACUUGCUGGUGGGCACGCCGGUGCCACAGCGCACAUCGGUCAUCGCAGACACAGGCAGCACCAUUUGCGCCUUCACCUGCAGCGGGUGCCAGAGCUGUGGGCACCACCUGGAUGCCAACUUCGACUUCUCCAAGUCCUCCACCGCCCAGUGGCUGCCCUGCGGCCAGGGCUGCGACUCCUGCAAGAAUCGCCGAUGUUCCUAUCGCCAGUCCUACACGGAAGGCAGCUCCAUCGAGGGCAGCAAGUUCACGGACUUCGUGUCGCUGGGCGAUGAGUUUCAGCAGAACCCGCCGGUGAAGGUACACAUGGGCUGCCACACUCUGGAGACGCGGCUGUUCGUCACUCAAAAGGCGAAUGGGAUCAUGGGCCUGGCUCCGGGCCGGCGCGGCGCGCCCACGGUGCUGGAGGAGAUGUUUCAGGACCGCACGCACGUGAACGCGGCGACCUUCGCCAUGUGCCUGGCGCGGCAGGGGGGGCUGCUGACCGUGGGGGGCUUCAACGAGUCCUUGAACCUCGAGGAGGUCCGUUGGAUCCCGAUGAGGGUGGAGCGAUUUUAUGGUGUGUCCCUCUCCAAGAUCCAGGUGGAAGGCGGUGAGGCGAUCACAGGCGGCUUCGGGCACACUUUUGUCGACUCCGGGACGACGUACACCUACCUCCCGGACCAGAUCUACCGGCGCUUGAAGGAUUCGGUGAAGUCGGCCUGCAAGAACGGGGCCUGCGGACAGGAAGCUGGCAGCCAGUGCUGGCGCAUGACAGGAUCGGUGUCGUCCUUUCCAAAACUUUUGCUGACGCUCUCCGACACCGUCGUGAGCUGGGGCCCGAGUUCCUACCUCUACAGCCGCACCAGCAAUAUGCAUUGCCUGGGCUUCGAGAGCAACGGCGGGGUGCAGGAAACCGUGCUGGGCGCCACCUUUAUGAUCGACCAGCACCUGGUCUUCGACACUCAGGGCAAGCGCCUGGGCCUGGCGGCUGCCGCGUGCCCCAGCUUCACCGAGCGCCCGCCCGGGCCCACGCGGCCCUUUGCGCCGGGGAUGCCGCCGCCGCUGGCAGGUGUGCCCGGGCAGACGGGCCAGCUGCAGGACGUACAGAGCGGCGCGCUCUUCAUUGGCGUCUGCAUGCUGCUGGUGGCGGUGGCACUUUGCCUGGUCGGCCGGAACCUCCUGCGCGCCUUUGCCACGACUCCAGAGGCCAAUGGCCCCACCUCGCCGGCCAGCCGGCGCGCGCGCGCCAGGAAGCUUGGCCGAGCCAGUCCAGUGGAGGACGAGGAGAUGCAGAGCUUGGCGGCGUCUCCGUCCGAGGAGGUGACCCGCGUGCCGCUGGACACCUGGCUGGGGGACGCCACGUUGAGCGACUCCCCCACGCCCGGCUCCGGGUCCGAGCUUUGA